AUGCUUUCAAAAUCACAAACAACCUCAUCACCAUCUGCACCAGGCCCCUGUGUCAAAUUUGCAACCCUUACUCACCGUUCUGAUCCCAAGAUCUCGCCGUCAGAUCAGCUUGCGAGGCGUCAAAGCUACAACCGUGCUCGAUCCGCUGGCCAACCAAGCUCUAGCGCCAAACCUGCUCAAGGUUUUGGCGGAGCUACUCUUACUGCAGAAGCAGCUAGGCGAGAGCUGAUAUUGAGUGUAACUCAACCAGGCAGAAGUCAGACUUCGAACCGUAUUUGUUCUGAAGGGAGCGAAUUCGCUAAUCUUCGACGCGUUAGCCGUACACAAGCUUCCAAUCUUGCCAAACCUCACCGAAGUCGCUCCUUGCAAGGCUUCUUCCCAUCACCAAUUUUGGCGUCCCAGCCUGUGAUACGCCCCGAUAACAGGCCCGCUGCCCGCGUCCAAACUGAACCAAUUCCGCGUCGGCUAUGGAAAAAGAAAGCGAAACCGGUUUACGCUCUAUGUCAUUCUCGGGCACCACUAGCCCCAUUUCUAUCGUUACCAGCCAGGGUCUUAUCUUCGAUGUCUCAUAUAAAUCCGGGAAACUCAAUCAAAAUUAUUCAAAAGAAAGUUCAUCGUGCGGUACUGGUAGAUGUCAAGAAGCCGUCGAAGAUAAUGAAGCAAUCCAGCUCAUCGACCACGUCUCGUUCCCCAAACAUUCGAAAAGCUGUCACCAAAUAUCGCAUCAAAGCACACGAGGAAGACCACCAGGUUCUCCAAGGAUUCCUCAAUAACAAUGUGAUCCACUUGGAGGAGAGUGAUCCUGAAGCAGCGGAAGAGGCAGAAGAAAACCAAAAGUCGGACAAAACAAGGAUACGGAGCACGCUACUGAGAAGAAUUCCCCACGCAUCGAUGUUCCCCAAUCCCAUCCGCUCGUCCUCAGUUGGCUCGAGCCAGAGCUCUUCCUCUUCCAAUUCAAACAACACCAAUUCCGCUCAUUCCAAUGCCUCAACUGCGUCUACUUCCUGGAAUCGCAUCUAA